UCCUCCAUUCCAGCUAACAUCAGUCGGUCAUUUCCUUCUAUUGGAUUCUUGCUUCUUUCAAGUAGUAAAAUCUAUGGGAGUAUCCCCAUAUCAAUAUGCAAUGCUACAAAUCUUAAACUACUAGAUUUAUCUAAUAAUUCCAUCAGCGGCACAAUUCCUCAAUGCUUGAUUGAGAUGAAUGAUAAACUUCAAGUGCUGGAUUUAAGGAGAAACAAGCUCAAUGGCACAAUUCCUGAUGCAUUUCCAGAUAAUUGUGGUUUACAAAUUUUAGCUCUCAAUAAAAACCAACUAGAAGGAGGGUUACCAAAAUCUUUGGCCAAUUGCUCUAAGUUGAAUGUCUUGGAUAUUGGGAACAACCACGUCGAGGGUACCUUCCCAUUUUUCUUGAAGAGCACAACCAUGUUGAAGGUUCUUGUUUUGCGAUCUAACAAAUUUUACGGGCCCAUUACUCAUCCAAAGCUUAAUGCUACAUGGCCAAUGCUUCAAAUUGUAGAUUUGGCAUCAAAUAAUUUUAUUGGUAACCUUCCAAUAAUUAUUCUUUCAUCUUUGAUGGCCAUGAUGGAUCGUGAACACGAGGUGCACUCAGAGCUUGCUUACCUCCAAAUUACUAUUAAUGGGUCUUCUUAUGAAGAUACAAUAACUGUUACCAACAAGGGUUUAGAGGUGGAGCUAGUGAAGAUCCUAACAAUCUUCACCACCCUUGACCUCUCUUGCAACAACUUUGGCGGUCCUAUACCUGAAAAAAUAGGAGAACUCAAAGCGCUUCAUAGUCUCAACUUGUCGCAUAAUGCUUUCACAGGCAAAAUUCCAUCAUCUUUGGGGAAAUUGAGUAAUCUUGAGACACUAGACCUAUCAUGCAAUGAGCUUUCUAGUAAGAUUCCUGUGCAACUUGCCGAUGGUCUUAUUUUUCUAUCUGUUCUCAACCUUUCCUUCAAUCAAUUGGUGGGACAGAUUCCAUUCAUCAAGCAAUUUGCUACAUUUUCAGAAUCUUCCUUCAAAGGAAAUGAUAGAUUAUGUGGGCUCCCUUUGAAAUCACAUUGUACUUAUGAGGAGCCACAGUUAUUGCCUCCAACACAUGAUCAAAAACAUUGGAAAUAUGGGAUUGUGAUCGAGUGGAAUUACAUAAGUGUUGAAUUUGGAUUUAUUUUUGGGAUUGGAAUUGUCAUUGGGCCUCUUGUGUUCUGGAAGAGGUGGAGGAUAUGGUAUUACAAACACGUUGACGACAUUCUUUUCAAGAUCUUCCCUCGAUUGUAUCUUCGAAUAGAAUACCGUCAAAGACGUAGAUAUCGAAAUCAAAGGCAAAGGCACUGGUCAUAGUUAUGAGUUGCAGUGGCUCCAGAUUUAUCAUGAUUACCUUUCGCUGUGUUUAAGAUAUGUUGCUCCAAGUUUACUCUGGAGGAAGUUUGCUGAUGUUUAUAAGGCCUCUACAAUGGAAGUUACGCUCAGUUGCGUGCUUUAUAUACAUUUAUGUGUGAUGCGUGCUUAAUAAUUUACAGUACAGUACUUUCCAUAGACAUGUAUGCACCUCUUUGAAUUCUAAAUAUUUUUCUUAUUUAUUGCUAUAUUUUACU